AUGUCCCUCCCGCCCAACAAGACCCCACCGCCUCCGCUCCGCCACCUGACGACGCUCUUGCCGUCUGCGCACCCACCCAAUGAUGGACACCAAGACGCCGCUCCCGCUCCUUCUCUUGCCCCGCUCCCGCCCCCGCCCACACUCUUCUCAAUGGCAGGCCUGCCCGGACGCGGCUAUCCGUUGCCUCCCGGCUACCCCACACCAAGUGGAGCUUCGCCUAUGCAGACACUGCUGAUGGGACCGCCUGGCGUGGCGCCAGCCAAUGUGCAGCAGCCACAUCCGCAAGUUGUGCAGCAGCUGAUACAGCACUAUCUGCUCCAGGUGCAGGCUCAAGCCCAGGCGCAGAUACAGGCGCAGGCACAGGCGCAGGUCCAAGCGCAAGUCGCGCAGGUCCAGGCGCAGGCCCAGCAAGAAAGGAAAAGCAAAAGCGACUGCAGCAGCAGCAGCAACGGCAACAGCAAGAGCAGCAGCAGAAGCAAGCGCAACAGCGCAAGAGACAGACCGAAUUGCAAAACCGGACGGUUGACCUCUCGAAUGGCGACAAACCCGCUCCGCCCAAACCAAGCUCGGCCGACACGACCAAGCCUCCGUCUCCUCCAUCGCGGAAGAGGCCCUUCCCAACAUCAAAGGGCGCUGUGGCGCCUCCUGAUCGGCCACCGAAGUCAGGCGCCUCGAGCUCGAGCAAGCGACAGCGCGCAGAGCCUGGACCGAGUCCGUCCAUCGUUUCCCUGCACAAGAUGCUCGCCAAGCUCACUCCUCCGCCACCGCCUACAUCCACUUCAUCAUCGGCACCGGCUCCAUCCCCGCGUACGUCGUCUUCAUCAACGACCAAAGCAACAUCGGCUGUGCCAGCGAAGACGCCGCUGGUACCCAAGCCCGCGAAGACAGUGCCAGUGCCCCGCGCGCCGUCCGUCAAGCAACCGGAGGAGAAUCGUGAUGGAGCACGGCGUUGGGACGGGCAAGACCUUCUUCCUGGAGAUGGGCAUCGCCGUGGUGAGCGACAUGCUCAAGGGUAUCAACUCGGGCGAGAUCAAGCAGGUCUACGUCCCGCCCCAGGAGCUGGUCGAGGCCCGGAAGCGGAAGGAAGAGGAGGCGGCCCUGAGGAAGAAGCAGAGCGCCGAGAAGGCCAGGAUCUACCGGCAGCGCGAGAGGGAGAGGAAGAUCCAGCAGAGGGAGGAGCGGCGACGGAUAGCCCGCGAGCGAAAGCAAAAGGCCAAGGAGGACCGACUGGCCAAGGCCGAACAAGGCGAGGAAGAGGAGGAAGACGAAGACGACGAGGAGGAGGAGGAAGACGAGGAAGAUGAGGCGAACGAGGGAGAAGAGGAUGCCAUGGAGGAGGUGGGCAAAAAGGCGGAAGAAGCUGGCGAUAGCGCUCCAGAGGACGCCGAAGCCAACGACGACAUGGAAGAAGAGGAGGAAGUGGCCGACGAGCUCCCGCGGAGGCGAGGGCGACCUAUAAAGAAGCCUCAGCAGCAGCAGCCGAAGGCGAAGGAGGGUGCCGCGCAGGAGCGUAAGGGAGACGACCAGGUGAGACAAGAGGAGCAAAAGGAGGAGAAGGUGGCCAACCCGCCCAAGCGAGACAGCUGCGCUGAACUCGGAGCCUAA